AUUUUACAAGCAUUUAAUCUGCGCAUGUUGCGAGCCUUUCUGCGUACAAGCAUGAAGCGAAUGUCCCGCCGGCCCGUUUCCGACGAGCAGAAGGCCCAGGCGCAGGCCCAGAUGCGCACCCGCAACCGCAACCAUAACCAUAACCACAACCACAACCACAACCAGAACCAACACCAAAAUCAAGGCCAAGAACUGGAGCCGGUAGAGGUCUUUAUGUCGGUGGCCACCGUCUCCACAUUGACUCAAGCUCAAAUUCAGUCACGUCCACCUGUGCAGCCAGAGCCUCAGCCCCAGCCCCAGCCUCAGCCUGAGCCGCAGGAGCUAGCGGAACAACAGGAGCAACUUGAGGAACAGGAAGUAGAGGUAAAGGUGAAGGACGAAAAACAGGACAAGGAGUCCCAGUCCGAGCCGGAGCUGGAGGUGGAAGCAGAGGCCGAGGUCCUCGAGAGCGGCGCCCAGGGCGAUAACGAACAGUCGGACAACGAGGCGGGUCCCGCAUCCGCCCCUGUCUCUUCGACCAGCGAGGAUCAGGCCGACGCCGGCGAUCCUGCCCAGCUGAAGGCGCUGGCCGGGCGCCAACAGAUCGUGCGGAUGCUCACCCGUCUAGGCGACGGCGCCGGCGCUGAGGGCGAUGGCGAGGCUAACCAGAUCGUGAUGGAGCUGGUCGGCAUCAACGACAGUCCCACACCCCUGCCGUCGCCGUCGGCCAUUGAGCGCGUAUCCGAGCAGCUGCUCCGCGUUCUGCGCGAGCGGACGCUGAUGGAGGCGGGCAUAUCCACCGGUAACGAGCGUUACCGCUGCUUCAAGUGCGUGCUGCAGAACUACGCCAAGAUCUAUGCGGCACGCCACUUCAUGGAGCAACUGCCUCAGCUGGAGGAGCUUGGACAUGAAGUUGACGAGGAGCGGGAGCUGUUCGCCCGUGUCGUGGCGGAGGAGGUGCUGCAGAUCCCGGUGCUGCUGCGGCAGCUGUGGUCGUCGCUGGAGAAGAUGGAGUUCUUCAACGAGGACACCGCAUUCAAGGCCUACCUGGAGGCCCGUCGCCACCCGCAGGCGCGCAUCUUGUGCGAGCUGAUGCUCACCCGCAUCUCGCGCGUCUUCCUCUGCAUUGUCAGCUCCACCUUUUUCCUGGACUUUACCGAGCACGAGCUCACCCACAUCCUGCGCAACUGCUACCUCAGCGUCAACUCGGAAAUCGAGAUCUUCCUUUCGGUGGUCCUUUGGCUGGAGCACAAGUGGUUUGAGCGGGGUGAGUGCGCCGAGCGCAUCCUGACCGAGGUGCGCUUCGCCCUGAUGCCCACUUGGUACCUGUGCACCCUGGACAGGGCCAACCGCUGCCGCCACUUCUCCCGUGUGAUCCAGAGCCCCGGAGUGCAGCGCAUGAUUGCCCAAGGCCUAGAGGAUGCCGUGACCCUCCAGGGCAAGCCCCGCCCCAGUGGUGCCGCAGGGGGCCCCACCACCACCACUGGCGUUCACCCACUUCUGCAGCAGUCCCAGAAUCUGGAGGAGAACCACCUGGCGCGCGACUGGAUCGCGGAUACCGAGUGUCGUCACCACCACAAGCGCCACUGCGAGCGGUUCGUUUACCCCACAUAUGAUGUGUUCAAGGAGUACCUGGCCAGGAUCAUCUGCUGCGCCCCCAACUACUGGCGCACCUUCCGCCCCGCCCAGGAGGUGUACCGCAGCGACUUCCGCUGCUGCUCGCCGCCCCAAUUCAACUAGCUGCUGUUACUCAUCACCUCACCUGUUCGUCACCCACCCACCCUGCUUGUCCCAUCUGCAUUAGGCACUGCGGCUCACAAUUUACGUGCGAGGAUGUUUCCUCCGGGCAUUCGUGAUCCUGUCUGUCCCCAUUUACGGCCACUGUGUCCACUGUCCUUUUAGCCACUUCCAGUACACAUUUCCCCGGCCGGCCAAGGGCGUUGGCCCACCCACAAGAGCUCCGGCAGAGGAGGUCUCUGAACACGAACUUUAAAGAGAGACCAUCGAUCGACGCCAGGACAAAAUGGAGCGACCUGUCCAGGCGGAGGUUACCGCUUGGCCUAUCCUGGUUUUUUAUCGAAGGCAAACUUCGUCCGACUCAGUGGGAAUGCCCAGCCAUCGUCCAGCCCAUUGGCCAAGUCAACCAAGUCAAUCGACUCUCUCUCAAUGAACGCAUUUUUUUGGAAUUAUUUUCAAUAUUUUUCAAUAGAAAAUACAAAUUUGUUAAG